CGAGGUUGUCAGGUAGCCAUUUUCAUUGUUUACAUAUCUGGUUAGUACAAAUUUGACGAAGAUGGCAGAUGUUGAAGUACAAGAACAACCACAGGUACCGCCACCAAGCAACACAUACGUUAUUCGACCGAAUUUCCAACACAAGUUUCGGCCAGUGAUUGUAAAGGAAUGUAUACACAAUGUGCUGAACGAGCGAUUGGAUGGAAAAUCAUAUGAUCCAGAAGAAAUCAUGGACUGGACCAAGACGAUUGCAGAUGACAUCAAGACUAAGCUGAAAGAUAUGGGAUACGAGAGAUACAAGUUCAUUGUGCAAGUGGCCAUUGGCGAGCAGAGAGGGGAAGGUGUGAAGAUGGGAGCCAGAUGUUUCUGGGAUUCAGACACAGAUAACUUUGCACAAGAUAUAUUUAUGAAUGAUUCGUUGUUUUGUGUGGCAGCAGCAUUUGGUGUGUUCUAUUACUGAUGGAUAUUACCCGGAAGGAUCUUCACAAAGUCUCGUGGUUAUUACAAUGUGUUGAGUUGUAAUAAUUAUUCAUAAAACAGGACAAUUUAAUAAAUUGUACAUUGCAAGAAAUACAGUAUGUAAAAGUUAACUGCUAUAUUUAAAAGCAAUGUGAUAGUUUUCUUCUGUUAGCAUAAAAAUUGGGAAAAAACAUAAUGCGAACUGUAGCUACUGUCUAGAAAUCAACUCGUGUUUAUUAUAAUUUUUUUUCUGAGUUAUAUAUUAUAAUGUGUACUCAGACAGUUAUAAGUUAGCCACAUGCUUUCGUAUAAUGUACAUUUCUGAUGCCUGGUGACCCCAUAUUAUUUUUAGAUCUUUUGAAAGGGUUUAAUGUGAACAGGAGUUCUGUAAAAUAUAUAUGUAAAUAUUGUACCAAUGCAAAAAUUGCAUGCACAAAAAUUGCAUACACAAAAAUUGCAUACAGGCUAUGUUGAGCUUGAAAGAUUGAACAAAAAAUAUGUCAUUUCAAUUCCGAUUUCGUCUGAAAUCAAGAACAAAAAUACAAACUGCCUUACCCUUGACUGUAGUAUAUUUUCGAUCACUUUUACAUGAGCAAUACUCGUUCAAAUGAGACCAUCAUUACAUGGGGUCACAAGGCAUCAACAUUAAACAUUACAACCAAUGGCCAGAUAUACCUUAAAUCUUAAUUAUGCAUCGGUAACCUUAAAGUGAACUGGUGUAGAACAUUCCGUCCAUUUUAUAUAUUUGCAAAUUGUAUUGUUAUGAAUAAAAUAAAUUCGAUUACUUUCAAAACUUG